AUGUCGGAUUUAGAUCAACCCUUCAACCCCAAUCAUUCUGCAACUGAGACUCAUUACGUUCCUGCUACGUCUCGAUCGGGUAGUACUAACGAAGUCUUACCACCUCAACCAACCAAUGUGGGUGGUAAUGUACACCAGCAUUCCAUGUUUGGAUCAGAUCGAUUAAAACAAUGGAAAAUAGCUUGCACAAUUACUUCUAUUGUGGUGACUAUUUUAGGUGGUAUUCUCACUCUUCAUCAUUUCAUUGCCAUGAUUGUUUGGUAUGCAAAAGGAGUGAAUAUUUUUGGUACUUCCAAUCUCUUUCUCAUUCCAAUGAAUAUUAUUGUGUUAUUGAUUGGUGUGGCAGGUGUGAUUGGAGUCACUAAAAGUCAUUUGGAAGCACUUCGAGCUCAUGCUUAUGGAUGUGUAUUUGGUUCAAUCUUUUUCUUCUUUGUUUACAUGAUUCAUCAAUUACCAAGUUGGUUUUCUGGUUCUGCAAAUUCUUCACUUUAUUACGAUGGUGCUAUUUCAUUAGUAUUUUAUGUGUUGAAUAUUCCAAUUGGAAUUAUUGUUUCUGUCGUGGCUCAGGUCUAUAUGAGAUGUUUAGAAAAUGCAUUGAAUAAGAAAACCAAUGUUCAGAGUGGAAUGAAUAAUUUCUAA